AUGGCGGCCGCGCGCAUAACAGCGUCGCGCGCCAUCGACAGCUUGUGCCUUCGUCACGCCAUUAGGUCUUCUGCGAUAUCCACGGCGAGAUUGCGAGCCAGCACCCCUUCAAGCGCAGUCAAAGCUCGCAUGAAUAUCCCAUUGAGAUACAGCAGCACGGGAAGGACGCUUAGCGAUGCGCCUAAGAAGACGAAUCCUCCGCCUCCGCCACCUCCCUCGUUACGGCGAGCACUGUCCAUUCGCAGCCUCUUAACUGCGAUGACACCGCAAGGAAUGAAGAGGAUGUUCAGAGAAAGCCCUGAGGAGUUCACACUGGCGCUAGCGAUUUUGGCCGGCCUGGCUGGUGUCGCCGUUUACAUUAUCAAACUCUACUUCGAUUAUUUCCAAGCCCGCCAGUUCACCAAAUACCCGGCACCGAUUGCGAAGUCCCUCCGACGAGCACUUUACUACACAAACAUUAGUCCCGACCCAAAUCUAGCAAGAAAAUAUUACAAACAAGCACUGGAACAGUGCAACGAGCUCCAACUGGACCCGUUUUCCGACGAUGUCCUGGGCAUUAGGAUACAGACUGCGGCCUGGUUAGAAAAGAUUGGCAAUUACCAAGGCGCCAUAAAGGUUCUCAAUUCCGUCCUCCAGGACUGUAUUAAGUGGGUUGAGUGGAUGGAGAAGUCAGUUGCAGACGGCACUGUAGACAAGUCGGGCAAGCCUCCCGCUGUUAAGCUUGUCUCAGGAGACCAACGUCCCAUUAUCCCAGAGGAUGAAGAAGAGACGGCCCCUGAGAAUCUGUGGCACAAACGCACGAGAUUACUUGCAAAGGCUGUCGGCACCAGCACCAAGCUUGGGGCACUCUACUCUGAUGAGCAUGUCCUGGAACCUGAAAACGCUCAAGCUCGUUUGACGUGGGCCGUCGAGACUGCCUUGUCAGAAUCAAGAAGACGCCAUAAGGAGGGCGUCAAGGAAGAUGAAGGACCUUGGAUGAGCCCCGAGGAGAUUGGUGGGGCCAUGGAAUCCCUGGCUCAACAUUAUGAGUCCAAGUCUCAGUCUCACCUAGCAGUGCCUCUCUUCUUUCAUGCCUUACGUCUUUGUGCUGACCCAUGUCACCGAGUCACAAUUAGUAUGUUCCUCAUUCUUGCGCUUGAUAUCACCGAGCGUGCUAAGAAUAUCACCACGUGGCUUACAUGA